GCCGCUACCAGGAAGCGUCCGCCCGAGGUCGCGGCCCGGUCGCUGCCUACACGCCAGCUGAGGAAUCGGUAGCGCUCCCGGCCCUUCCGGGCGCUGCACGUAACAGGUGUCUCCCCUGAUGGGUGAGGAAUGAAAGCGAACAGAGCGGGCGCCCAUCCAGGUGGCGGCGGGGCCGAGGCAGCGCCCCCUCGUAGACGCCGCGCCACCCCGGGCCCGCGCACGCUGUGCCCCUGCGCGCUUCCGGCUAAGCCACGUGACCGCGCGCGCACGUGUUCCGGCCUCGGUGCAGCGGCUCAGAGCCUCCUCCUGGCCCGCCCCGGCCGAUGUCCACCUAGAGCCAGGGCAGGCCAAGCCAAGGAGGCGGCGGGCCCCAGGAGCUGCAGGGACGCGGGCGCAGAGCCACGUGAGCAGAAGGCUGGGGCAGGUGGACGGCGGCUUCCGCCAUGAACCCCAGGGGCCUAUUCCAGGACUUUAACCCUAGUAAGUUCCUAAUCUACGCCUGCCUGCUGCUCUUCUCCGUGCUGCUGCCCCUCCGCCUGGACGGCAUCAUCCAGUGGAGCUAGGGCGGUGUUCGCCCCAUAUGGCUGUGGAAGCUCCUGGUGAUCGCAGGGGCCUCGGUGGGGGCUGGCGUUUGGGCCCGCAAUCCUCGCUACCGCACUGAGGGGGAGGCCUGCGUAGAGUUCAAAGCCAUGCUGAUCGCCGUGGGCAUCCACCUGCUGCUGCUCAUGUUCGAAGUCCUGGUGUGCGACCGGGUGGAGAGAGGGACCCACUUCUGGCUGCUGGUCUUCAUGCCACUUUUCUUCGUUUCCCCGGUGUCCGUGGCCGCUUGCGUCUGGGGCUUCCGACAUGAUAGGUCGCUGGAGCUGGAGAUCUUGUGCUCAGUCAACAUCCUGCAGUUCAUUAUUGCUUUAAGGCUGGACAGGAUUAUCCACUGGCCAUGGCUGGUGGUGUUCGUCCCCCUGUGGAUCCUCAUGUCGUUUCUUUGCCUGGUCGUUCUCUAUUACAUCGUCUUCCUUCUGUUCUCGACAUCACUGGAUGUGGUAGCCGAACAGCGAAGAACACACGUCACCAUGGCCAUCAGCUGGAUAACGAUUGUCGUGCCUCUGCUCACUUUUGAAGUCCUGCUGGUUCACAGAUUGGAUGGGCAUAAUACAUUCUCAUACAUCUCCAUAUUUGUCCCCCUUUGGCUGUCGCUAAUAACUUUAAUGGCUACGACAUUUAGGCGAAAAGGAGGCAAUCAUUGGUGGUUUGGUAUUCGCAGAGAUUUCUGUCAGUUUCUGCUUGAAAUUUUCCCAUUAAGAGAAUAUGGGAACAUUUCAUAUGAUCUCCAUCAUGAAGAUAGUGAAGAUACUGAAGAAACAUCCGUUCCAGAAGCUCCAAAAAUUGCUCCAAUGUUUGGAAAGAAGGCCAGAGUGGUUAUAACACAGAGCCCUGGAAAAUAUGUUCCUCCACCUCAGUUAAAUAUUGAUAUGCCAGACUAAAGCAUUUUCCACCCAGGGCACUUAAGUAAAAUAGAAACCAUACACACACACAAAUUCCACCUUGCUUUGCCUCUGUUCAUCCAUCCCAAACGUGGAACUGGAAACAGGCUUCAAACACAUCAGCUCAUGCCUUGUGAGAUUGAUGCAGAUCAGUGACUCAUCAGUAUGCACCAUAGAUAGAGGUGGUUAUUUUAAUCUGUGGUUGUAUGUGUGUGGUGUACACAUGGGUGAGAGAACUUGCUUUCCAGGUUGGUGUUUAAGAGCUAACCAAGGGCAGUAAAUUGUUUUAGUAGGUCCUCAAAAGAGAUAACUACACAACUGUUUGGUGGUGGUUGUUGUUUUUUAAGUGCUAGUAUACCUGUCAAAAGUAUUGUUUAAAAAGUAUUUUUAUACACUGCUAGUCUCUAAAAUUGUAUUUCAGAUAUUGUGCCUGUUAUGCCAGAAUAGCAAAUGUAUAGAAUUCUCUCCACCACUGGUUUAUAGACCUCAUAGUUGUUAUUUCUAGCAUUCCUGCUGUUUAGUUUUUCUUUGGCUUUGCUGAUACUGGUCUUUAAUAUUGUAAUAGAUGAAUUUUUCUAAUGGAGUGAAUCUGCAUAUAUAGUAUUUAUAUGAAUAUUUUAGCAGUGUAAUAUAUUGAAUUCUAGUUCUCUGCAGUACAGUGUAUUAUGUUAAAGUAUUUUUUUAAGUUUCUAUGUGAAGAUAAAUGUCUAUUGCAGAUGUAUUUAAAGACUGCAUAAGAUGUUUAUAUGUACCCUGUUGUGGAAUUGUAUCAAAAUACUAGGCAUAAAUGUAGGAGUAGAAAAUCCUGUGGACCUGAAUAUUCAGUUUUAAGGUCUCUUAGCACCUGUUAUUAGAGGGAGGAGCCACCACCCUUUAGAAACAGUGUGGUAGCAGGCCAUAAAGUGACACUGCUAUUUACUACCUUGAAUUUUUCACAAGUAGUAACAACUCUUGUGAAACAACCAAAAUAAGCAAGUGGUUUGUCCAUUUCUGAGGAUGUUAGAAUUUUAGUUUGUCAUACUGUAAAGCAUUAGUUGUCAUUGAAAAGCUGUCUUAACCAGAAAUGGUCAAAGGAUUAACUCUUAUUUUAAGGUCCAGACUUUUGGGAAAACAAUAGUUCAGGCUUUAUUUUUUAGGAAAGUACAGUGUUUAUUCAGUUACUGGUGGCACACCAGGGAAUUAGAAGGGUAGAGCCAGACUCUGCAAAAGUGAUGUUCUAACUGAGAACAAAUAAAUACUUCCAAAAGAAGGUUACAAUUAAAGGAGUGUUCAUAUUACUGGGGAGAAGACUGGAGGAAGCCCACUUUUAUUAGCCAUGAGGCAGACCUGUUCCAUUUCAAGAAAAAGAUAAAUCUAAAUUCACCAUUUUUGUCCCAUUUAAAACAUGGUAAAGUAACAUACUUUGUACACGUGGCUAGCAACAAUGCUAGCAAAAGAGAAGCCAGUCCUGGGAAGCUGAGUGCCCGCAGGCCUGAGGAUGCCAUAGCUUGGAUAUGUUGGCUGCAACAGCCCUCCCCCACGCCCUGCACACAGUGGGUCUACACCAGCUGGCUGAACGUGGGAAAUGAGGACCUACACUGAACCAGUCACGGUGCUAGGCAGUUGGGGAUACAAUGGAGAGUAUUUGGGAUGUGGCUUCUGCCCACUGGUAGUAUAUAAUGGAAAGUGCCAGCCAUCACGCAUCCAUGACAGUGAGGAAAUAGUGCUCAUGGCAGAGGUGUGCCUGUAGGAGGGAAUGAGCUGAGAGCAGCUAUGGAAAACCUGUAGGAGGAUGCUGCUGGCUUCGAAGUGACCUUUACCUGGAACUUAAAGCCCAUCUUUGGUUUUAGGAGCCCAGUGCUCCCCUUUCUGUUCCCCUUUACCCCCAAAAGAUAUCUGAAAAGGAUCAUUAAAAUUGAGCAGUGGAGGAGCAGGUGUUGGAGGAAUUGGCAGGGGCAGGCUUGGGGGCUGCAGGGGAUCACCAACCCCUCCUAGCUAGUUUCAGGGUAGGGGCUUGUUGACAGCUGGUGCCAUCCCUUAACCCUGGUGGGUCCCUCUCCACACCCACCCAGCCAUCGUAUCUCCUCUCCCAAAGUGUCUGGCGCUGACGAGCCAGUGUCUGAAGUGUGGUAACAGCCUCCUGCAUUAGGCCCCCUGUCAGGCCCUUCUCUUACCUCAGGACUUGGAGAAAAACAACAGGAGUGACAGACUGGAACUGUUGUUGAUCUGAAGUCAGUGCAGCCUCACCUGUGCCCGAGGGUUUACAUGGUCACCAGCACAGUGGCUCCACAAUAAUUAGCAUGUCAAUUCUGUCACUCUAGUUUCUUCUGCAAAACAAUGUUAUCAGUCGUUUUUUGCUGCUAAACAACCUCCAAAACUUCAGUGGCCUACAACUGCACUCUAGGCUGGAGUCUGAACUGGGUGCCUGGCUGAAGGUACGACAUUCCCUGAGCCACGUUCCUCUUCUCAUGGCAGAAAAACAAGGAGGCUAAACUCAGCCUUUCAAGCACAAAUAUAGAUCACAUAUAUUCUGGUUUUCUGCAGUACAGUAUAUUACAUCAUACUCAUGUUUGUGACUUAUGUCACAUCUGCGUUUUGGUGGCCAAAGCACAUGGCCACACCUGUGACCUCUUUGGGGUGAGGUAGCAUGUGCCUAAGGAACGA